AUGGAUCUAGAACAAGAUGACUUUGACCGCAGCUAUCUUCUUCAGGAAGACGUCCAUAAGGAGGAGGACAUCAAUCAGGAAGAGAACAUGCAGGAAGGUUUGAAUAAAAGCAAGCCAAAGAAAGAGAAUGUCGAGGACAUCGCUCAUGAAAAUGAGAAUGUCAAUCAGGAGCAAAACAUCCAGCAAGAUGAAGAGAACAUCAGUGAUGAGAAUGGCAUUACGCAAGAGGAGAAGCAUAUGAAUCAGGAAAUCGCUGAUCUAGAGCAGGAGAUCAUUAGACAAAUGGAGCGCACAGAUAAAGAGGAGGCCAUCAAACAAGAAGAUGAGCUCCAAAAUAGGGAGGAGGAGAUCAUGAAUCAGGAAAAGGAGGUCAGCAAUCCAGAGGAGGUGAUCAUUAAUCAAGAAGAGGAGGUUAACAAUAAGGAUGAGGAGAAUAUCAAUCAAGAAGAGGAGCUCAACAAUAACAAGAAGGAGAUCUUUAAUCAAGAAAAAGAGAUCAACAGUAAGGAGAAGGAAAUCAUUAAUGAAGAAGAGGAGUUCCACGACAAGGAGGAGAAGAUCAACAAUCAAGACAACACGGUCAACAAUAAAGAGGGGAUCAUCAAUCGAGAAGUCAACAAUAAAAAGGAGGAGAUUAUAAAUCAAGAAAACAUUGAUCAUGAAAACACCGACCUAGAGCAGGAGAUCAUUAGACAAAUGGAGCACACCAAUAAAGAGGAAGAGGCCAUCAAACAAGAAGAUGAGCUCCAAAAUAUUGAGGAGGAGAUCAUUAAUCAAGAAGAGGAGUUUAACAAUAAAGAUGAGGAGAUUAUCAAUCAAGAAGAGGAGGUCAACAAUAAGGAGAAGGAAAUCCUCAAACAAGAAGAUGAGCUCCAAAAUAGUGAGAAGGAGAUCAUGAAUCAGGAAAAGGAGGUCAACAAUCCAGAGGAAAUUACUAAUAAAAAAGAAGAGGUUGAUGAUAAUGAUAAGGACAUUAUCAAUCAAAAAGAGGAGGAUGACAAUAAUGAUGAGGACAUUAUCAAAGAAGAAGAAGAGCUCAACAAUAAAGAGAAAGAUAUUUUUAUUCAAGAAAAAGAGGUCAACAAUAAGGAGAAGGAAAUCCUCAAACAAGAACAUGAGCUCCAAAAUAGUGAGGAGGAGAUUGUGAAUCAGGAAAAGGAGGUCAACACUCCCAAGGAGGAGAUCAUUAAUCAAAAAGUGGAAGUUGAUUAUAAUGGUAAGGAGAAUAUAAAUGAAGAAGAAGAAGAGCUCAGCAAUAAAGAGAAAGAAAUCUUUAAUCAAGAAAAAGAGGUCAACAAUAAGGAGAAGGAAAUCAUCAAUCAAGAAGAGGAGGUCAACAACAAAGAGGAGACAUUCUGCAAUGAAGGAAACAGGGUCGACAAUGAAGAAGAGAUCAUCAAUCAAGAAAAAAUAGUCAACAAUAAAAAGGAGGAGAUUAUAAAUCAGGAAAAGGAGGUCAAUAAUAAAGAGGAGGUGAACAUCUAUCAAGAAAAAGAGGGCAAUAAUAAAGAGAAGGAUAGUAUCAAUCAAGAAGAGGAGCUCAACAAUAAAGAGGAGGAGAUUAUCAAUAAGGAGGAGGAAAAUGUCAAUCUAGAGGAAAAGAUAAUCACUCAUGAAGAGAAGGAAAUCCCUGAACAGAAUAUCAGUAUACAAGAUGAAAGAAUAAGUCAAGAGAUGGAGAACAUCACCAAAAACAAUGAAGAGGUUGAGUUUAAUGAAGGAAAUGCAAAUCAAGAGCCAGAAGACCUCAAUCAAGAGAACAUUAGUGAAGAAGAGAAGCUCAUUCAUAAGCAGGAGAUAGUUGAUCUUGAGGAGGAGAUAAUCAGUAAUGGGGAAAAGGAAAUCAGUCAAGAGGAGGAGAAUAUCAAUGAUAAAGAGACAAUCAUCUGUGAUAAAGAGAAGGAUAUUGAUGACAAUAAUGCAGAGCCACCAAACCUCAAUCAAGAGAAGAUUGAUGAAGAGCAAGAGAAGAUUAAUCAUGAGCAGGAGAUAAUUAAUUAUGAGCUGGAGAAAGAAACUAGUCAACAGAACAUUAAUCAGGAGGAGGAGAACAUCAUUCAAGAAGAGAACAUCAGUCAUGAGGAGGAACUAGCCAAUCAUAAGGAAGACAGCAUUAAUGAACCAAAUACUAGCCAAGAAGAUGAAAACACAAUUCAGCCAGAGGAAAACAUCAGUCAAGAAGAAGACAUAAUCAUUAAUCAACCGGACAAUACAAAUCAAAAAAAGGAGAAUGUUCUUCAAGAAGAGAACUUUAAAGAUGAAGUUGAUAAUAUCAAUAAAGAGGAUAAGAACUUCAAUCAAGAAGAUGAGAGCACCAGAAUACAGAAGGAAAAUGCCAAUGAAGACACCAAUCCAGAGGAAAUCACUCCUCAAGAGAAAGAGGAUCACACUCAGGACAAGGAGAACAUCAAUGAAGAGAAAAGAACCAAUCAAGAAAAGAACAGCAGCCCAGAAAUGGAGAACAUCAAUGAGGAAGAAAAUUCCAGACAAGAGACGGAGAACAUUAGUAAAGAACCCCUCGAUCCAGAGGAGGAAGACAUCGUCAAAGACAAGGUGGAGCAAAUCAGUGAAAGCAAAGUGGAUAAACCAGAAGAUGAAAUAACAGAUAACAUGCACGAUGCAGCUAUUCCACAACUGGAAUCUACCUCCGAAGACUUAAUCAACCAUCGUCAGAAGACAAUGUUCAACAUUUUACAAUCAUUGGACCUAGAGGAUUAUUUCUGGGGCCCUAAAAUUAAACAGUUUAAUGACAAACUGAGGGAAUUAAACCUGGUAAAGUUCAUAACUUCAAAGCUUAGUCUUAUGGAGGUUCUGAAGAUUGGGCAAGAAGAUCUAAAGAAGAACAUCCCUCAGAGGCCUGAGGACGUACCCUGGCAUUUCUUACAGAACCUCAUGUCCCUCAAUAGCACUGCAAGAAACACACGGCUUGUUCAGUCACUGGAUAAGAAAACAAACACAAUACCGGAUGAAGAAAUUGACUUUAUGGACGAUUUAGACAUGUCAACUUCCAUCAAUCCUCUGGACGUUCUGUGCCUUCUCCUUAAUUGUUCAGAUAGUUUUCUGCAACAAGAGAUUGUGACGAAAAUGUCCAUGUGCCAGUUUGCCCUCCCUCUUCUGCUUCCUGCUGGGCAAGGUUUGGAUAUAACUUACAUGCUCUGGGCAAUGAGGGAUAUAGUGAAGAGAUGGAGACCCCAAUCAUUAGCAAAUGUUAAAGGAUGCAUUGAAAACAACUUGGUCAACAUACCCAUGCCCGUUUUCUCCUUUGCUAGACUGGGAAAGUGUAGUCUUUCAAAAUCCAGAAUUCUAAAUUAUAUCCUAAGUCCAGUCCAACAACACUAUGACUUCUAUGUCCAUCAGAACAUGGAAGGGGCAAACAUUGUAAGGGAAGUCUCUGAUGGACUGGUGGAAAUUUCUUGGUGCUUUCCUGGAGGAAAUGAAAUCUUAGACCUGUUUCCAGACCCUAUCGCUGUGACCAAUCUCAGAGGUGAUCUGGAGUCUAACUGGGGUCAAUUCAACUUCCUAACGAAAGUAUCCUCAGCUGUGUUCAUAUUUAUUGAGAGUAUGGAUGAUCAAAAUUACAGUGUUCUGUCCAACAUUGAAGAAUCAAACACAAACUACUUCAUCGUCCUUGCUCCCUCCUCUAGAUGUAUCAGUGUAGAGACCCAGAACCACAUUAAGAUGUUAUAUCCCAUCUUGAAAAUCAACAGAAAAAAUGUUCUGGUGAAGAACAACUCAAUUAAUGACGCAGAAUUGGUGAAGAAAAUGCAGCUAAUUAUCACAGAUGUAAUUAAAUCUUCGCCCUAUUACAUCACCCUGGAGGAGAUGUCUCACAUCGCCGCGGAUCUAGGCAUACGCGUUGAUGAGGGUUCAGAAGAACAUCAGAAAACAAGAACGCUUGCAUUGGAAAUUACCAAGAGCGUCAAGGAUGUUGUGCAGUAUAAGAAUGAAACAAUGAGACUGCAAGGAGAAUAUUGGAAACAGCUGGCCAAAAUUGAAAAGGAAAUGUGCCGAAUGAAAGGACUGGGGAGUGAGAAUGCCGAGGAUUACAGAGCAAAGCUUGUUAAGAAAUGUUGCGCGCUUAGGAGGCAGCAAAGUGAGUGCAGUAUGCCCGACGGAAUAUUCACAUUCAUAGCCGCACUCCAAAACCUACCGCGUAUUGAGAAACAUUACUUUUUGAAGUGGAUGAAGCUCUACCUCGAUUCAGUCACUAGAAACCAUCUUUCAGCACUCCAAGUAGAGUACAAGGAGCAGUACUAUAAAGUCAACACUAAUGUGGAGAGACUGAAACAACUCGAUCAAAUCAUUCUUAACAGCUCACUGGGAGUAGAACAUUUCAUCAGAGAAGUUGGCCAGUUUUACGAAGCGGAACAUUUCCUGGCCAAGGACUGUACAAGUGAUCAAAAGCUUUACAAACUACCAGGUAUUGCUGCUGAUCUUUUGUUGGAUGGGUUCCCAUUGGAGCUAAUUGACGGAGAUGCCUCCAACAUACCAAUGCAGUGGAUAACUGAUGUACUGACUGAGUUGGACACCAAGACGGGAGGAGAAUGUAGAAUGAAAGUGAUAACCGUGCUGGGAGUGCAGAGUACGGGGAAGUCCACCCUUCUGAACACCAUGUUUGGUCUGCAGUUCCCGGUGGCCAGUGGACGAUGUACACGAGGAGCCUUCAUGACUCUUCUAAGAGUGAAAAACAAUUUAAUAGAUGAGCUUGGAUGUGAGUUCAUUCUGGUCAUUGACACCGAGGGUCUGAAAGCUCCUGAGCUGGCUUCUGUUGAGGACAGUUACGAGCAUGACAAUGAGUUAGCAACCUUUGUGGUGGGGUUGAGCGACAUCACCAUAAUUAACAUGGCCAUGGAAAAUACGGCAGAAAUUAAAGAUAUCUUGCAGAUCGUGGUCCAUGCAUUUCUGAGGAUGAAAGAACUAGGUAAGAAGCCCAACUGCCAGUUUGUUCACCAAAAUGUCAGCGAUGUGUCUGCUUAUGACAAGAACAUGAGGGACAGGAAGAAACUUCUGGAACAGUUAGAUGAAAUGACAAAAGUGGCUUCCAGGAUGGAAGAAAAAAGCAACAUGACCAAGUUUUCAGAUGUCAUGGACUAUGAUCUUGAGAGGCACAGCUGGUACAUUCCAGGACUUUGGCACGGAGUUCCACCAAUGGCCUCAGUAAAUACAGGGUACAGCGAAAAUAUCUUUGAACUAAAGAAGCAGAUAUUUGAAACUAUGAAAAAGCAGCUGGAAUCCAGAACACCUCAGAGUAUAUCUGAUUUCAUCAAAUGGAUAAAGAGUUUGUGGAAUGCUGUGAAGUAUGAGAAAUUCAUCUUUAGCUUCAGAAACAGCCUGGUAGCCGAGGCCUACAACCAACUCUCAAUCAAAUACUCAGAACUGGAGUGGAAUUUCCGUAAGAGAAUGCACAAAUGGAUUAUUGAGGCUGAAAAUGAGAUCUUAAAUCACCCGUCUUCGGAACUUGAAUCUGAAAUCUGGGGUGGCAUAAAAGAGGACAUGUAUCAAGUGUUACAAGAAGAAGAGAGAGUCAUGCUGGAAGCUCUCGAACAAUACUUUGAGAGCGGGAACAAAUACGUGCACCUUGUAGAGCGAUACAAGGAAGAUUUCUUUAGGAGUGCAACAAUACUUAGGAAUGAAGUUGAAGACAAUUUCACUGUCAAAUGCGAGGAAGCUAUCCGCAUACAGAAAGGAAAACACGAGAUACAGUUUGUUCAGAACAGCUAUCUGAGGACUAUCGAAGAGAAAGCCACCAGCCUCUUGGACAACUGCAAGAAUGUAAAACAUCAGCUUAGUGAUAAGGAACUAAAAUCUGAGUUCGAGGUUAUGUGGAAUAAAACGUUAUCCGGGUUACAAUUUAGCAGUUUAAAAAAGCACAACGUCAGCCAAGAGAUGAUUGACCAACUCAGGAAAGACAUGAGGCACAAAGCAGGUUACCUUAACGAAAAGCUGAAUGAAGUAAAAAGUCUAGAUGAUUACGGGCAAAAUGGGCUGGACUUGGAUAAGAAGUACACUCAGGACAGUUGGUACGAAAACAUGCCGGAAGUAAAUAACGCGGAAUACUGGGAUAAAGUGAACAGUCUUGUGACUUCCUUAAAGGAGCAGUGCAAUCGCCAUGUAACAGAGCAAGUCAACACGAUGAAAGAUUACGAUCAGACGUACUGCCAAGAACUUCUCAAUUUCAUUAACGAAAGACUCAAUGAGGAGGAUGUCAGGAGUCUUCAUCUCACGCCGUUGUUCGAGCUGGAUCUGAAGCUUCUCCUGCUGGGUCAAACAGCUCCAAUCUUCCAGAAGAAACACAAUAUUUUUUUCCAGGAGAAUAACAUGAAGUCCUACCUGGAUGAAAUAAAACCUCAGUACUUCUCCACAUUCAAGAACGUCUACCAAGAGAAGGACGAGUCUAAAAUCAGAGCCCAGAAAUUCUGCGAAGUGUGCCUGAAGCCAGCUCUUUCGGAUUAUGUGUACAAAAAUUUGGGCGGCGAAAUCGUGAACGACAUACUCACCAGUGGAGAUUCCAUAAGGUACAGCAGUAGAACCUUCUUCCAGUACACUUUGCUCAAAGAGCUUUUAGAAAACCACAAUUCCACUCUCUACAUAAAAUACAACAACCAUUAUGAGACCUUUGUGAAAGGCUGGAUUGUCAAAUUUAUCACCAACCGAUACAAGGAGUCCACCUCCCUGGAGUCGUUAAAAACAAUUAUCCUUGCGUGCAUCUCAAGGAAGGUGAGACAAACCCUCAAAGAUCCGAGAGUACGGGAAACCUCAAGUGUUUCCCAAUGUUUAAAAACAUUUUGCUUGAUAUUAAAGAAAGAUUUGGUCAUCCUGCAGAAUGAGAUGAAGGUGAUUGCGUUUCAGAACAACGCAAGCCCUGUCCAGUUUUCAGCUGACAUUGUGGAGUUCCUGGAAGGUGUCGAGAAAGAAAUCAUCACUGAAAUCAAACAUUUUACCAUUGAAUACGUGCUGAACAAGGCAACCCUGAAACCACAGGACGAGUUGUUCAAGAAGGUCUUUGGAUGCGGAAAGCAGUGCCCAUUCUGCAAGGCCCCAUGCGAGGCCGGCGCAGCUAACCACAAGGAGCACUUCGCCUCGGUCCAUCGGCCUCAAGGUUUAGGAACGUACAGAUGUACGGAAUCAAAGGAGCUCUCGUGUUCUAUAUGUACCACCGACGUGGUGGGAAACACAACGUUCCUGAAUUCAGACACCGAGUGGAAGGCGCAUCUUUACAAAGAAUACCGCAAAAUUUACCCUGACUGGACAAUACAGCCCGAUGUCACCAUUGGAGCUUCCAGUUACUGGAAAUAUAUCUUCAAGGAGUUUAAUAAACAGUUUUCAGAUUACUACAAUGCUAAGCCGGCUACCCUACCAGAGGACUGGCAUCAAAUCACCAAGGAGCAGGCUCUUCAGAAUCUAAAGGAGUCUUUUAACAUGAACUAA